AUGAACGCCCAAGUUUCUCUCCUGAAAGGUUCCUACAACCUCAUCUACUUCCCCCACGAGCUCUACCCCUACCUCGUCCAGCCCAUCAUCCGCACCCUCAUCCCACAGACGCAGGACCUGCACAUCGCCUCCCACGCGCCCGAGCACGAGCUCGACGGCCUCACCCCCGACCAGCAGCACCGCUUCCUCAACAUCUCCAUCACGCCCAUCGAGUGCUCCCUCGUCGUGCACGCCUCCUGGGCGCGCGCCGUCUUCCUCCCCGCCAUCGCCCGCCUUCCCGCCCCGCUCGCCGCCCAGGUCCGCGUCUCCGCCGACACCUACAUGAUCCUGUGCGUCAUCGCCGCCGGCCUCGACCCGGCCGGCCGCGUCAUGCAGCUCUCCUCGCCGCUCGCCCUCGCCGGCAUCCCCAUCUUCUUCCUCACCACCUACUACGCCGACUUCAUCCUGGCACCCACCCGCGAGCGCGCCCGCGUCGUCGACGCCCUCGGCGCCUCGGGCUUCGACUGCCUCGAGGACGGCCGCUUCUUCAACCACGCCGCGUACAAGCGCGGCCACGUGCGCUUCGCCGCGCCGGGCGCGCCGCCGGAGGUGGUGGCGGAGCUGCGACGACGCACGUUUGAGCUGCUCAAGAAGCGCCAGGUCGCGCCGUUCGUGGAUCCUAGCCUGGAGCUGCUCCUCGCCGGCGGGCGCGACGUCGCGCAGCUGCCCGGCGCCUUUGCCAACUACUACGGCCUCCCGCCCUCCCGACGCGGCAGCGGCAGCGGCAGCGGCGGAGGUGGCGGGUCGCCCACAACUACCGAUGGACGGCGGCGCGGCGCGGUGUGGGCGGACGGCGUGGACCCCCGGCUGUUCAACUGCAUCGUGUCGGCGCUCGUCUCGCAGCCGCGGUUCCUGUCUGUGACGCUGGCCGAGGACGACCCGCCGUCGGUGCUGAUGGACCGCCACCUGCUGCCGCUCUUUGGCGACUCGGUCGUCGGCGACUUCAACACGACGCUGGUGCCCAUCUUCCUCAACCUCGAGAACCUGCCCUCCGAGGUGACGGGCGUCGUCUCGGGCGUCGCCGGCACGCUCGUCCAGGAGAUGAAGGUCUGCAACAUGCUCGAGAUGUCGUACCUGUCGACGGCCCGCGCCAGCGCCGUCGUCCUGCCGCAGGAGCAGGCGGAGCGUGCGCUGGCGAUCCUGGAUAAGUGCAUGGAGAUGGCCGAGCUGGUGCCGUGA